UUGCUCUUGCCUCGGAGGACCUGAAUCGAAGCUGGUUGUGCUUGGAGGACCAAGUGAGGGGUGAAAGGCUAAAUAGUGUCAUUGCAUCUUUUGUCAUUCAAAAGGAAUAAUCAGCGAGGUGCACUUGGCCAUUUACAGGUGAGAAAAUGAUCCUCCCCUGCCUGGCGUGAGUUCAGCAUCACAAAUUGGAGCAGAAAUUGAUUAGGAUUAUUUACCAAAGUACUGAAAGUUCAGAACUCAGGGCUCAACGCAACUUAAAAUCGCAUGAUCCAAUUUGCCAGUUAUUGUGGCAAAACCAUUCAACAAUUGUUUAUUGAGAGCCUUGGCUGAUUAGCGCAGAAAUAAUCUGGAAGCAUGUCGGAGAACGACACUGAUAAUUUAGUCAACAGCGGCAAAUAUGAGCCUGGCAAGAGCAAACGGAAUGUUUGCCGAGACUUUCUGCGCAAUGUCUGCACCCGUGGUAAGAAUUGCAGGUACUUCCACCCCGACAAUAUUGAGGCCUCCGACCUCGCCGACAUAAGGAAUGACACUGAUAAUAUAGUCAACAUUGCUAACGAUGAAGCUGGUAAAAACAAACAGAACAUUUGCCGAGACUUUCUGCGCAAUAUCUGCAGCCGUGGUAAGAAUUGCAGGUACUUCCAUCCAGAUGACAUUGAGGCUUCAGACCUUGCUGACAUAAGGAAUGACAUUGAUAAUUUAGUCAACGUUGGCAAUGAUGAGGCUGGCAAAAACAAACUGAACAUUUGCCGAGACUUUCUGCGCAAUCUCUGCAAUCGUGGUAAGAAUUGCAGAUAUUUUCACCCAGAUGAUAUUGAGGUAUCCAACCAUGCUGACCUAAGUGAUGAUGCUGAUAACUUAGUCAAUAAUAGCAAAUAUGAUGCUAGCAAGAACAAACGGAAUGUUUGUCGUGAUUUUCUGCGCAAUGUCUGCAGUCGUGGUAAGAAUUGCAGGUACUUUCACCCAGACAAUGUUGAAGCCUAUGAUGUAGGUGAUAUGCGGCAUGAGUCUAUAUUUUGUCAGUACUUUCAGAAUAGUAAGUGUACCCGUGAAAACUGCACGUUCAUUCACGGGACAAAGGCUGAAGAAAAUUAUUACAAUAAAACAGGUAAGCUUCCUGCCCACUUGCAAAAGACAGUGGCUGUGACAUUUGGGCUCUCGCCCUCCAAUUUGCCCCUUAUUACAAAGGAAGUCCCAUUCUGCCGUGACUUUCUCAAAGGCAAAUGUCGAAGAGGAUCCAAGUGUAAAUUUCAGCACUUGAAACGUGAUGACAAUGAUAAGAAAAGCACAGAAAAAGUGUCGCAAAAUAGAGAGGCUUCCCCUGAGAUCUGCAGAUAUGACCGUUUGGAUGACCUUUAUGAGACUGAGAAAUGUGCUUAUGACCAAAAUCCAAAAAGGAAAAGAAUGGAGGGCUUGCGGUUUGAAGUAUUUGAUUACAGUACACCCAGUCUGCGGCCAGUUGAAAGGAGUUUCCUGGAGGAGGAAAACCAUAUGCUUAGAAAGCGCAAUGAAGAGCUCAAGAAGCAGGUAUCAAGCCUAAUGAUUACAAAUGAGGUACUUCUGAAACAAAAUGCUGAUCUCCGCAAACAAGUGAAGCUAGGAAUCCUGACCACAGGAACUGACCCAACACAGUCACCAGCUAUGCACAGUGUUACCAAUUAUAAUCAUAGCAUAGUGGAGACUCAUACCACCCUCAGCAACCAAUCCUUGAGAUCACAGCCUAUUUCUCAUCAAGAAUUGAUAGCGCAAGCGAGAGCUCACAAUGCUUUGUGUUCUGAAGCUACGUCCCAAAGUCCACCCCACCUUAGUGCUGCUCUCUCUACACCUUAUGCCCAAGGGAUGGCUUCACCAGUUUCAGUGGCACCAAUUGCCAUUUCAGUUGCACCAGUGGCAGUAACGCAAUCACUUCCUGGAAUUGCCAUGAGUUAUACCACCACUCAAAUGGUCAGUUAUCCAAAUGCAUCACAGAGUAUGAGGUUCCUCUGUCGUGCGGAGGAGAGUUGAGAUUAGAGGACAUUUCAUUCGAAGCUUUACAGGAGUUUUCUAUUUCUCAUUGCUUCCUAGGGCAAUUGUGAAAAAUGAGUCAAGUAUGAUUCUUAAAGAGGGAGUCUCACCAUCACGAACCCUUUUGCAAAAGCAAAAAAAAAAAGAAAUAAUGAGAAUUCUUUUUUUGUUUCCUGUCUCAAGUAGCAAUUGCUGUUGAACUCACCAGGAGAAGUCUGCGCAGAAUUGUAAUUCAGUAAUAGUAGCAAAUGGAAGUUAAAACAAUUUGCCAUUACAUAUGUCGCAAAUAUUUUGGGGGGGGGGACAAAGGGUUAAAUAGGACUUAUGUUUUUGAAUUCCUUUAACAUUUGGUGUCAGCAGAAACCUUGAUUUUUGUUUUGAUUUGCUCACAUUGUAAGCUCUGGUGCUAAUGAAGGCAAAGUCUUUGACAGCGCAUUGCAAUUCCCACACCAACUCGAGCUCUCCGACUGCUGCAGCAGUGGGAAUAGGUUUUGUUUGCAAGUAUGGCUGCUUUGCUUGCUCAUAUAAAAUUGGUUUCAAUCAACAUCUAAAAACGCUUCCUAAAAGCACAUAUGUAUGCGCUUAAAGAGCUUUGUGCCUUUUCAGUCAUUGAUGUUUUUUUAUCUUUUUUUUUAAACCCAGGAAUUUUUUAAAAUGAAAGUAUAGUAAAUUACCCUCUUUCUCUUCACCCCACCUAUCUGAAGAAGCAUCCUCUGCUGCUUUGAUUGUGAUCAGAGCAGAAGUAAGAGUGUGCGGAAAAUGACACCAUAGCUCCCGUUUCUCCUUGUUGGUGAAACUCUUGUAGCACAAGUGAGAUAAGUUAGUCAGUUUCACCCACUAAUGGAGGACAAUGCAAAUCUAUAACAUAAUGGCCGUUUUCCUUUAGAGUAAUGAGUUGGGCAACAACAUAGGGCUAACUUAAGGGUGAGGGUAUUUGGAAGUAAGGUCACAGAAGCACCUUGGGCUAAUGAUGGCAGUUACUGAUUAUUAAGCUCUUUCAAACUGUCUCACUCCAAAAAAUACUCAGAUUUGAGUACUCUAAAAGUUCAAAUUGUAUUAUGUAAUAAAAAAAUUAGGUUUUUUCCAGAAGGGGUGUUGAUGGCAAGACUUCCUCUACUUGUAUGAAAUAUAAAAAUCUGCUGCAAGAACAGUAAUGAGUAUGGGUUCUGACAAAACAAACAAUUAAAUGGGAUAAUGAGCACACUUCCUCAUCCCCUUAACGUGUUAAUUUAUCACAUUUUUUGGUUGAUUACAGUGUAUUUUUAAAUAGUGAUCCUGUGCCACAAAUUUUCCUUUUUAUUCAGAAAUUACAUUUGGGAUCGUUAUUAGAAAUUAAUUAGCAAUAUCCCUACUUUUUGCUAAGCAUAAGUAUUCUGGUAUGUGAGAAAAUAAUUUUUGUAUCCAUCCCACUUUUAAGCAAAUGUGUAUGGAGAAAAAAAUUGAGAGUCAUUUUAUUUAGUUCAAAGUAUUUUAAUAAUUAAGCAUGCACUCUGCCUCUUUUUUAAGCCAUCAAUUAACAUGUUUUCUUUUGUAUUCUUAAAAACAGAUUUUUCUGAUAAAGCAUUUGUUCAUGUUCUAUAUUUUUCUUUCAAAACUGUAGAAGUCCUCUGAAAAUGGAAUACAAAAAGUGUUUUAGAAAUAAAAAUUAAUAUACUUUCACCAUUAACAGUUGCUGUAACCACCAAGGAUAUUAAAGUGAAGCUAGAACAUGCAAGUAAUUGUGAUGCAAGCUUGUGAAGCGAAGAUAAAUGAAUAUAUAAUACAUAUAGAUUUCAUUUCGUGCCUAGGUAUGGAAACUGGGUGUUGGUCUGUAAAUAAGCAUGUCAAGUAUUGCAGCAGAAGAUGUAAAGGAAAAAUUGCUGGUUUCAUAUAUAUGCUGUUGCAUUAUUGGAAAGUUGAUGCACAGCUCUUGUAUAAUACCAUGCCAUUUUCACACCUGACCUGGGCACUCACCAGUCAGAUGCCCCACUGUGCAGUUAGUUCAUUUUCAAUCGGAGGGUUUUGGGGAUGUCUGAUGCUUUAAGUUGCAAAACCAAUUGCACAAGAUAAAAACACAUGCAAAAUGCUACUGUAUACAUAAUAUAUAUGUAAGUGAUUUGACUAAAAUACAUUUUAGUCAUGAAUAGUAUAAAUGUGCAUUGAAGUAUAUUAUCUGAGUAUCCCUGCUGAAAAUGCUUGUGGCUGUCAAGCAUAAAGUCUGACUCAGCAUAAUAUGCUACAUGGGCUCAUUAAUUAUCAGAUAGCACCUUGACCACAUUGUGUCUGGACCUUUUGAGUGAGAAAGAUGACAGUAAAAAAAUUGGCAAAGGCAAAAGAGGAAGGGGAAGUUUUGCAAUUAUACAUAGAUUAGAAAAGUGAAAUGCAGCAAGAAAGACUUGAGGACAUAGAGUCCCAAUGCUUGACAGUUUAAGUGUUUCUGAAUGUAAUUUGCAUGAGUGGUACAUAAUUGUGCCGAUUUCAUUUUCCUUUACUUAAAACAAAAUGCACCAUUGGAUGCAUAAAUGUCCUGCACUCUUGGGGCAUCUUGAGUGAGCUGUAAAGAGGAGGUAAAAGUUAGUGACAUUUGGAAGAUAAACCUAUGCCUGCAUAUUAGUGUCAUAAUGAUAAUUCUACAACUUUUUACGUUAAAUUUUUAAUCUAUUGUUUGGAAGUCAAUAGAUUUCUAACCUACUGCAAUGAACAUGGGAGUUUCUUUUUGAGUCAUCGUGAACAGUUUGAAAAUGCACUUUGUGGGGAAGGAUUUAUAAGGCCAACACCAACAGUGAGAAAUUUGGCACGAGUCUUCUGUAAGCCUUGGUCCUAAAAUACAGCUAACACUUUACUCUUUUAAGAAUCCCUGAGAUUGUACAACAUAGUAGCUAACUUCCAAGAUUUGUUCAUUGCAGCCAAAAAAAAUCCAAAAUGUGUAACAAUUUGUGAUAUGUUUUAAAGGCCCAGAAAGCUCAUUUUGUCCAUUUUUUAACUAAUAAGUUGUUACUGUAGAUACCAAAUGUCAAUGCUGUCUGAUGUUUAUGAGAAGUUGCGAUUUAUUGGGAAUCUGUAAAUGUUUACUGUUGGUUACCCUCUAGUUAGUACGAUUGGUUAAACACUAUGUGUAAAUACUACAAAAUAUAUUAAAAUGAAUGUUCUGUAGUGUUGUUGCUUAUAUUGUUGGGAUUAAAACUGAUUCAGGACCAGAACUGGUGAGUUCAUGUUCUUUUUGAAGGAGCUACUGGACUUGGAAAAAAUUUAUCUUUCUUGUGUUUCUCAAUUGGGAUGCAUGUAAUAUUAUUUUCUAAUUAACUUUUAUAUAACCUAAACUCCCAGUUUUCUUUUGUAUGUUGUUUAAUUGAUAUAUUGUGCAAAUUGUAGAUUUUUAAAAUCAUAUUGUGAUAAAAUUUUUAAAAAGCACUUUUUCAAUAGUGUAUAACUUGUAUAUAUCGUAUAUCAUCAGUUAAUGUUUUAACUCUUGACGUUAAUAAUUAUUUUAAGUAUUCACUAAGGGUUUUUAGUCUUAAGUGCUCAGAAAAAUCUAGGCAGUUUAGCAAGUACUUAAAGACCUUUUGUCUGUCAUUCAUACAUAUUGGAUGGUCAUAAUUCGCCAGAAUAACUUAUACAAUAGAUUUUGUGCGGAGUGUGGGCGUCCAACAGAAACACCUAUUAUGGUUCAUUGUCUUACCCAACAACUGUGGAAGAUUUGAAUUUGAAUUGGGAAACAAGUAUUUUGUAUGAAGAGGGAUAUAAAGCUGCAAACUUGCUAUGUCUAUGAGGGAAAGAGCUGGACAGAAAAUCAACUACUUCCUCACAUUGAAAGCAUAGGGAGGGGCCGCAGAAGGAAUUGUUCUGCCAGCAGCACCAGUUUCAGAGCAGUAUAAUGCUGGGUGAAGGACAGCCAGUUUGUUACCUAUAGGUUCGGUAAUGUCAUGCACAGGGCAAUUAGUUAUAGAGGGAAAAUAUCUGCAUCUUGCUGAACAAAUGGGGGAAGUAAUUGUACUGUUGGAUUGUGUGUGUGCAUUGUGAUGUUUCUUUGUUGAACAUUUUCAGUUCUUAAUCACAUCAUUUUCACUGGAUUUAAAAGAUAUAGUUCUAAAUAAUGAACUACAUUUAGCAGUGUUCCUAGAUAUUUUUUUGGGUUUCCGCUUUGCUUAUGAAAUCCACUAGUUUGUAUUAACUUGCUUAAACUGACUUGUCUGGGGUCAGCUUGAAUCGUAGCUUGAGCCAGAGUCAGCGUCAGAGGAUUGACUCCAUUUGUAGCUUGGCUUAAGGUUAUAGCUCUUUCCCCAUUUUGCUUGAUGAUGAUUUCUAACAUUGUUUGAAUUCAUCUGCUUUAUGCUCUGAGCUGCAUUCAGAUAUAUACGACCAGAUAGAAUGGCAAAAUGCAGCCAUGAUCGAGCAGGUUUUAACUGAUCCUGCUCUUGUUCAUAAUCUUUGCUUUCUACGUGUAUAGAAUUGAAAUCAAAGCAUCAAAAAAUCUUUGCAAGUGGUCAAGUAGGAAGUCAGAAGAGAACAUCAAUUCUGUUAUUUAUUACAGAUUUAGUAACACAUCAUGUCAAUAUCUGCUCAAUAAACUUCGGUUUGGAAUAAAGUAAAUCCAAUACAAAAGACUCUAGGAGGUGUCUUUUUUCCCCUGACUUACCUGAAUAUGCAAUGUUUAUACUUUGUUUUUUGUCUUUGCACAUUGGUGCAUUACCUGUGUAAUGUUGCCAAUAGCUAACAUAUUAAAGCAGAUUGACUUGAAUUUAGCAACACACAAAAAUUGCUGGAGGAAGGGUCCUGAUGAAAGGUCUCGGCCCAAAAUGUCAACAAUACUCUUAUCCAUAGAUGCUGCUUGGCCUGCUGAGUUGCUCCAGCAAUUUGUGUAUGUUGCUUGGAUUUCUAGCAUCUGCAGAUUUUAUCUUGUUUGUUGAUUUGAAUUUACUGCAGUUGCAAAUCUGUUAAGACCUUCAAUUUUGCAGGAGAAUGCAGAACAGGUGGGCUUGGUAGAUGAUGACAACAUUUUGGAGCUGCAAUGCAAAUAAUUUUGAAUCAAAUUUUUUCUGAAUGCCUGAAGCAAAAUCAGGUUAUUUGAAUAGCUGCCUCUGUAGAAAAUGUAAUUAGUGUGUGAAACUAAACUUGGCCACUGUUGGAAUAUGUGCUCUGACUUCGUGGCUUGUCUUCUGAGGUGGAGGCAGGGAAAUCAAACCAAAUUAAGAUGUCAUAGAUAAUGCUGGAGAAGACAGGAAGAAAAAUAUCUUUGUGUGCAAUAAGUGGUUAAGCAAAGGUAUUCCCUGGUUUUUGUGAAAAUGGAAAAAGUUUCAUUCAUCCCUUUCAAAAGGGAGAAGGGUAAAUACAUGGAGAGAAAUUGCAGAUAUGCGGGGAAUGAGUGAGAUGUCAAGCUCUUUUGAAAGACCAAAUAGUGUUUUACUUUACUGUACAACUUGGAUUCCAUAACUGGUACAUUGGAAGUUGGAGGAUGUGCAUAAAAGUAAGUAUUGCAUGGUAGGUAUUGUCCCAACUAAGAAAGAUUGUGUCUUGUGCAACACAGGAACAUCACAGUGCUGGAAGUUAGAAUGCAUUUCCUUCUAAAAAGUAAAUGCAGCCUGUUUAGUGUAAACUAAAAUAAAUGUGAUAAUGAUCAGAUAGCCUGCUUUCAUUUAUGAUUUUGGCAGAGGUUUAAAUGUUGGCCAGAACGAUGGGACUAAUUUUCUGUUCCUUAAAAUAUUGCCAUGGGGACCUUUUGUGUCCAUUUCCUAAUCUUGUUGCCAUAAAUUAUGCAUGUUUUAAACUCCUGUAACUAAUGCUGUGAGGAUAAUGAUUAAAGUAGAUAAAUCAAACACCAAGCACUUCCUACAGUAUAAUCGGCAACAAAAGAGAGCCUCCAUAUAGAAAUUCAUUAAUUUGUUAAAUACAAACGUUUGUAGUUUCUCUUCUGGUUUCUUAGUACAAAACAUUUGUCACAUAUUUGGCUUUCUGUAUGAACUUUUUUCCUUGAUUAUAAAUUCCUAUAGGAAUCUUGGUACAUUGUAUCCGGCUACCAAUUGUGGUGCUGUUGCGUCUCGAGUAUCUCAGACAAAACUGCAGAGAAACACCUACAAUCACCUUAUUUUCUGAAACAUUGACUAGUUGUGACCUUUAACUAUAGAAAAUCCAAGUAUGCAUAAAAAUGCACAUUAAUGUUUCUGUUCCAACAUUCAUAACUCAUUCUGAUUCAUUUUGAUUGACCAAAUUAUGUUGUUAUCUUAACAACACAAAGUACCUUGGGGUAUUUCCCAGAGGAAUUAACUGGCGAUAUUUGUAUAUCAAUAUGGUUAAUGUCCACAUAUGUAUAUACAAAAUAUUCUUCUAUGUAGUCUAUACUUAAUGUUCUCAAAUCAGGUAAGAGUUAAAGCGCCAUUCUUAAAGAUUAAGUGCACAAUCUUGGCUGACUCCUGAAUGUUAACAAAUGCAAUUCCCAAGUGUGUUGUCUUUUGGAUGAAGGGUAAAACUGGGGAUUUGCCUGCUCUAAUGAUCCCAAACUGUUCUUCAUAGAAGAGCUGGGAGAUCUACCUGCUGUCCUCAGCCAACCUCACAACAAUGUAUUUCACUGAAGAGGCACAUUAAAACAACAUGGUGUGAUGUGUCAUUUUUGCUGAGGGCUUCCCAACAGAAAUUCGACUUCUAUUGGUAAUUGUGGAGCUACUGGAGGAAGUGUGAGGGGGUUGGGGGCAGGACAGGAAAGCACAGAGAAGAUUGUUGGACAAGUAUUCAGGGGCUGCAGACAUUGGCAGUAAAAUGAGUGGGGACAGUUGCAGAUGGAAGCAACGUUUAAGAAACUCUAGAGGAUUUUUUUUUAAUUGGAUGCCUUGGGAUCCAUAACAGUGGACCUGAUAAGUUUGGGGCCCCUCUUAAUCAAUGCCAACACAGCUUCCUUUCUCUUCUCUCCCCCUCCCCCCAGUUAAAACCUGAAUAGUGUGGGCUUUGUACAUUACAAUUUAGUAUGUGACAGCAAAAUGUACUAUAGGUUGUUUAUGUUGACAUACCUGAUAGCCUCCAAAUACACACCAUAAAUUCCAAUGUGUUCUGGUCCACUGAAUGCAAUUGAAUUUUUUAAAUUUAAAAACUAUUGUGUACUGUACAAAAUUACUGCUGUUUGGAUUUUUUUUUAGAACAUCUGUUCAUUGUUUAUGAUUUGAGGGAUCCUGCUAUGUACAAAUGGGAAUCUGCAUUUUCUACAACAAAAAUGACAUUAGUAUUUCAUCGAUUAUAAUGUGUUCAGGAUAUCCUGAAAGUUGUUGUGUAUGUGCAAGUUAUUGUUUGUGCCACUUUUAAAAAUGAAAAUGAUUAACUUUAGUAUUGUACUAAAUACAUUUUUCCAUAGGAAUUUGCCUACAUUCCAAGCUGUGACUUGACUCUCUACUGACUCAUAAGAAAAAGGGGUUGUUCAACAGUUUGCUCUCUCCAAUCUAUUUCUAUUAAACAUGCCCCUCCCCUUAAGACAUAGGAACAUAAGAAAUAGGAGCAGGAGUAGGCCAUCUGCCCAUUGAUUUAAUAAGCUUAUGGCUGAUCUGGCCAUGGACUCGACUUCACCUAUCUGCCUUUUCCCUAUAACCCUUGAAUCUAUCCAACCUUGUCUUAAAUAUAUUUACUGAGUUAGUCUUCACUGCUUCAUUGGGUAGAGAAUUCCAUAGAUUCACCACCCUCUGGGGAAAAGCAGUUCCUCCUCAUCUCCAUCCUAAAUCUACUCCCCCUGAAUCUUGCGGCUCUGUUCCCUAGUUCCAGUUUCACUUAUCAGUGGAAACAACUUUCCUGCCUCUAUCUUACCCCUUUCAUAAUUUUAUGUUUCAAUAAGAUCUCAUCUGAAUUCCAGUGAAUACAGUCCCAGGCAACUCAAUCUCUCCUCAUAAGCUAACCCCCCUCAUCUCUGUAAUCAACCUGGUGAAUGGCCUCUAUCUUUUACAAAGUCAGGAGACCAGAAUUCCAUGCAGUACUGCAGGUUUGACUUCACCAGUACCCGAUACAUUUGCAGCAUCCCUGCUCUUAAAUUCAAUCCCUCAAGCAGUGAAGGCCAACAUUCCAUUUGUCUUCUUGAUAACUCUGUUGCAUCAGUAAACCAACCUUUUGUAAUUAAGGCACAAGCCCCUCUACACAACAGCAUGUUGCAGUAUUUCAUUUAAAUAAUAUGAUCUAUUUUUCUUCCAAAGUGAAUAAACUGUCAUUUACCAACAUUGUACUCCCAUCUGCGAGACCUUUGCCCACUCACUUAACCCAUCUCUAUCCCUCUGUAGACUCUCCACAUCCUUUGUGCAAUUUUUUCCCACUUAAUUUAGUGUCAUCAGCAAACCUAGAUGCACUACACUCUGUCCCCUCUUCCAAAAUGUUAGUGUACAUUAUGAACAGUUGCAGGCUGAGCACAAGCUCCUGUAGCACUCUACUCACUGCUGACUGCCAGCCAGAGGAAAAUAGCCAUUCAUCCCAACUCUGUCUUCCAUUGGUUAACCAAUCUAUUAUAAAUACUAAAACUUUAGCCCCAACUCCUUGCCCCCUUAUUUUAUGGAUGUCUUUCAUCUGACACCUUAUUGAAUGUCUUCUGGAAAUCCAAGUAUACAACAUUCACCUGCUUCUCCCUAUCCACUGUCAUUAUAUCCUUAAAGAACUCCAGUAAGUGUCAAACAGGACCUGCCAUUCCUGAAUCCAUGUUGUAUCUGCCUGAUGGAGCUACUUCUCUCCAGGUGAUUCACCAUUACUUCCUUAAUGUUAGCUUUUAAACAGUGACAUGACAUUUCACUGUCUUCCAAUCCUCCAGGGUCUAGAGAAUUUUGGUAAUUAUCACAAAUGCCUCUGCUACAACUUCUGCCAUAUUUUUCAGUACCCUGGAAUCCAUUCUCUCAGAACCAGCGCACUUGUCUAUCUUUAGGCCCACUAGUUUGCUCAGUACUACCCCUUUAGUGAUUGCAAUUGCAUUCAUGACAUUUCUCUUUGGCACAUUAGAUGUGUCUUCCACCAUGAAGAUUGACACACAGUAGUCAUUCAAACCCUCAGCAAUUUCCACAUUACCAAAUAUUUAUUUACCCUUGUCAUCUUCCAAGGCACCUACAAUCACUUUAGCCACCCCUUUCUGCUUUAUAAAUAACUUACUGUUUUAUAUGUUGUGCUAGUUUACUUUCAUAAUCUAUCUUCCCUUUCCUUAUUGUUUGCUUGGUUAUUCCUAAAGUUGCUUUUUAAAGUUUUCCAAAUCUUCCAGUUUCACACUACUCUUGGUGACUGCAUGCAUGAGCUUUUAAUUUGAUACCUUCCUUUAUUUCAUUAGCCAUCCAAGGCUGUCUCUGCCCACCCUUGCUUUUAAUGGAAAUACACUUUUAAAGUUCAUAGUAAAUUUACAAUCAAAGUAUGCAUAUGUCACCGCAUAUGCCCUGUAAUCCAUUUUCUUGCCAGCAUGCAAUAACUAUGCACAUACACUGACAAGCAACCAAUGUGCAAAAGAAGACAAACUGCAAAUUCAAAAUAAUAAUAAUAAAUAGUACUGAGAGCAUGAUUUGUAGAGUCCUUUAAAGUGAGCCCACAGAUUAUGUUCAGUGAUUAGUUCAGUUUUGUGGUCAGUGAAGUUACCCACACUGGUAUGGGAGCCUGGUAGUUGAAGGGUAAUAUCUGUUCCUGAACCUGGUGAUAAUUGAGACCUAAGACUCCUGUAGCUCCUUUCUGAUGGUAGCAGUGAGAAGGGAGCAUGGCCUGGAUGGUGGGGAUCUUGAAGAUAGGUGCUGUUUCCUUGUGGCAGUGCUCUUUCAAAACAAAAAUAUUACCAUCAUUUCACUCCCUACGCAACUCCCUUGUCCAUUCGUCCCUCCCAUCCCUUCCCACCGAUCUCCCUCCUGGCACUUAUCCUUGUAAGCGGAACAAGUGCUACACAUGCCCUUACACUUCCUCCCUUACCACCAUCCAGGGCCGCAGACGGUCCUUCCAGGUGAGGCGACACUUCACCUGCGAGUCAACUGGGGUGAUAUACUGCGUUCGGUGCUCCUGAUGUGGCCUUCUAGAAAUUGCUGAGACCCGACACAAAUUGGGAGACACCUACGCUCUGUCCGCCAGAGAAAGCAGGAUCUCCCAGAGGCCACACAUUUUAAUUCCACGUCCCAUUCCCAUUCCGAUAUGUCAAUCCAUGGCCUCUACUGUCGGGAUGAAGCCACACUCGGGUCGGAGGAACAGCACCUUAUAUUCCGUCUGGGUAGCCUCCAACCUGAUGGCAUGAACAUUGGUUUCUCUAACUUCCGCUAAUGCCCCUCCUCCCCUUCUUACCCCAUCCCUUAUUUAUUUAUUUAUUCUCUCCCUCUCACAAUAACUCCUUGCCUGUUCUCCAUCUUUCUCUGGUGCUCCCCUCCCCCUUUCUUCCAAGGCCUUCUGUCCCAUGAUACUCCCCCUUCUCCAGCCUUGUAUCCCUUUUGCCAAUCAACUUCCCAGCUCUUGGCUUCAUCCCUCCCCCUCCUGUCUUCUAUCAUUUCGGGUCUCCCCCGCCCCCACUUUCAAAUCUCUAACUAUCUCUUUUUUCGGUUAGUUCUGAUGAAGGGUCUUAACCCGAAACGUCGACUGUACUUCCUAUAGAUUUUGCCUGGCCUGCUGCGUUCCACCAGCAUUUUGUGUGUGUUACUUGAAUUUCCAGCAUCUGCAGUUUUCCUCAUGUUUACCAUCAUUUCACUUCCCCCCCCCCAACCAUGACCUUUGAAGCCUUUUCCCAGUUAUAUUCCUGUUUAGUCUCCUAAUCAUGCCAUGUGAGGUAUCACAGGAGCCCUCAUUAAUAUACUAAAUGUUGUAUAUUAACCAUUUUUAUGGGAUAUCAUUGUGUGAAGGAAUUUGUUCUGCCUAAACUGGUGCAUGGGAAGUUUGAUAAGCAGAGGAAAAAUUGUUUCCUGUAAUGCCACAAUUGGAGUAUUAUGCUAGAGCAGAUCAUCAUAUAGAGAAAAAUAGCACAAACCAUUUUGUUAUCUAUGAUACUAUGCAAAUGACUUGGGAAAAGGCCAGUUGUUUUAUCAAGCCAGGUUUGUACUUGUGAUGCCAGGAGUAUCACAACAAUAUAAGUUCAUACCCAGAAGUCAUUUAAUAUAUUGGGAAAGGCAAGAAAGCAAAAUAAAUAAACAGCUUCUGGAAGACUUCUCUAACUCCACCAUGUUUUUCCCGUUUGUUCUCCCACCCUGCUGAUCAAAACCGGUCUAUGAGAUCAUUGCAUAUGUUGGUCACUGUUGAACUAAUCUUUUACAUGGUGUAAUCUCUGAGUCAAGAACAGUUGACUCUUGAAUUUAUCCAAAGAGGCCAGACAAACUGACGACAUAAUUUCAAAGGCUUGACCCUCUGGGGAAUGAAGACCCAAUUUUCAGAUCGCAGGUCCUCACCAGUUUAAGGCACCUAAGAACUGUUUGCAACCUGAACAGCUUGCAAGUCACACGGCCACAAAACGAGCUCCCAUUUGGCAGAAAAUGGUUCUGGAGGAGAUUCACCCCAUAGAAUAGAUGGUCUGGAAAAACAUUUUAAAUCUUACCAGAAUCGGGUUUAAUAUCACUGGCAAAUUUUGUAAUAUUCGUUUUUUUGCGACAACAGCGCAUUGUAAUAAAUAAUAAUAAAAUGCUAUAAAUUACAAUGUGAAAUGUAUUUUUAAUUAUUCUAAUAAGUAGUGCAAAAAGAGCAAAAAAAUUAAGGUAGUGUACAUUGGUUCAUUAUCCGUUCAGAAGUCUGA